CCUCCUAUAAACCUCCUGUUUGUUUGAGUCGCGGUCCGUCUGGGACUUCCCCUGGUUUUCCGGCCGGUUAGCUCCGGCGACCUUCCGGAGACGGAAACUAAAUCUUUUUUCGUUUUCUAAUCUCUUCUAUCCGAUCCCCUCCUUUCCCCUUCUCGGUUCUCUGUGCCUUUAGAUCGAGGAUCCACCAGGUUUCCGGUGGUUUCCUGUAGCCAAUCGCCGCGAAACCGAUAUCUAAGGCCAUAUCGGGCAUCUUCUCGGAGAAAUUUUUCCUCCAUUUGAGUCAGAUCUUGUCUCGCUGCUAUUAUCUGGUGGUAUUGCGGUCCGUGGAGGCGGUUUUCCGUGCAGUAGCGUUUUUUUCCAUCGCCAGAGAAGGUUUUUCGUUUGAUCUAGUGAACGAGAGAUGCCGUCUGGGACGAGGCUACCGACGUGGAGGGAGAGGGAGAACAACAAAAGGAGGGAGCGGCGGCGGCGGGCGAUCGCCGCGAAGAUCUUUGCGGGGCUCCGCAUGUACGGCAACUACAGGCUCCCCAAGCACUGCGACAACAACGAAGUCCUCAAGGCCCUUUGCAACGAGGCCGGCUGGACCGUCGAGGAAGACGGCACCACUUACCGGCAGGGAUGUAAGCCAGUGGAGCGAAUGGAUGUUGGUGUAGGGGGGUCAGUUUCACCAAGCCCAUGCACUUCUUACCAGCCAAGCCCACAUGCAUCUUAUAACCCUAGCCCAGCCUCAUCCUCCUUCCCAAGCCCAUCCUCCUCUUACAUCACCAAUGCCAACAAUGCUAACAAAGGAACAGAUGGCAAUUCCCUCAUCCCUUGGCUCAAGAACCUCUCCUCAGCCUCCUCCUCCUCAUCCUCCUCAAAGCUUCCCAACCCUCACUAUCUCUUCAUACAUGGAGGCUCCAUCAGUGCCCCUGUAACCCCUCCACUAAGUUCCCCAACUGCUCGAUCACCUCGCAUUAAGGCUGACUGGGAUGACUCGGCAGCCCAGCCACCUUGGGCAGGUGCCCAGUACUCUUUCCUGCCUUCCUCCACCCCACCAAGCCCUGGCCGUCAGGUUAUUCCUGAUCCUGCAUGGCUUGCAGGGCUCCGCCUCCCAUCUGGGGGUCCUUCGUCGCCCACCUACAGCCUUGUCUCAUCGAAUCCAUUUGGCUUCUUCAAGGAGGCAUCGGCCGGUGCAGGAUCGUCCAGAAUGUGGACCCCAGGACAGAGCGGAACGUGCUCCCCUGUGCCAGGUGGAGGACAUGCUGAUGUUCAGAUGUCUGAUGGCAUUUCUGAUGAGUUUGCAUUUGGAAGCAGCAGCAAUGGCAAUCUUCCAGCAAAUGGGUUGGUGAAGCCAUGGGAAGGAGAAAGGAUCCAUGAGGAAUGUGCAUCUGACGAGCUGGAGCUUACCCUUGGAAGCUCAAGGACCAGAUCUGGUGCCUGACGAGCAUUCAAGAUUAUAAACAUCCUUCUCCUGUUUCCGUCAAUGUGUUGCUAAUAGACCGGUAGAGAGGGUUCAAGAUGCUAUCAGUAGUUUCUUGUCUUCAGCCUCUGUCCUCGUUCAGGAGAUUGAAAUAGGUUUAUUCUGUUUUGAAACAGUGAAUCCGAGUUAUGCCCUGGAGUAUAUGGUAGAAGGAUAAGGUGAAAUGAGAAAUUUCUGAGAAAAAUGAGGGGAUUAGGGGCAGGGUAUUGUGAUUAACGUUUGUGUGGAAUUCUUUCUGAUGUUUUAACAUUAUAUUUUAGGUUACAUGGAUUUACUUUUACCACCUGUUUUUCUUUAUCACAUUGCUAUAAAUAUAUAUCACCCAUGCAGAAAUUUUAUUGUUCUUCUGCAUUUCUUCCCCUG